GGGGCCUAUGUUCAGCAGUGGACUUAUGAAAGGCUGUAAUGUUGAUGAUGAUGAUGAUGAAGCAUGUAUUAGAUUUGAAACCUGUAUACAAAAAUAACUGUUAAAGAUAUCAAAAUAGUUUGAAUAGCAUUACAUCAUGUUUCAUUUUACACUAAAGUUUCAAAUUGCUUUCCAUUCAUUUAUAAUAAGUACCUGAAUCUCAUAUGUACUAUUUAAUUUAAGUAAGAUGAAAAAUUGAUGGCCAUGUAAUAAAUCUACUGACUUUCAGUUUAAUGUUUAAAAAAUGCAGUGUUGCUAGAAAACAAUAUGUACGGAGAAUAACAACAAUGAUAAAGGCUUUAAAUUACAUGCUAGAAUUAUUUACCAGCUUAUGACCUAUAAAGACCAAAUGGUGAAUCUAAUUUCAUCUACAAGCCAAAUGCAAUGCAAAUAUUUUAUUACCUAAUAUUUCCUGCAUACUUGAAUAAACAAUUCUGUGCUACUAAAAAAACUAUAGUUACAUACAUUUAAAUUCAUUAUUUAAUAACAGUAUAAUUUAGUAGUUAAUUCUAAAAUACAUUUUGAUUUAUCUAAUUACCUGGUUGUAUAUUACAGUUAAUUUAAUAAAAAAAAAAGAAAAAUAAAGGUAUUAUUGAUAAUGAAUUCUGAUACAAAUUUGUAAUAUUUUAUAGUGGUUAUCCAAACUAACAUACACAAUAUAAUAUUCAUAAAUAAAGUUAUAAACUUUAUUAUAAAAUUAUAAUAUAAUUUUUUUCUCUAUUGUUAUAACUUUUCAGAUUCAGAGGAAGAAGAUAAGCAGGAUUUGCAAGAUGAUACGGAAAUUAACUUUGGGAAACCAGUAAUUCAAAAAAUGGAAGAGGAUAGAACAAAAGAGAGUAUUAAAAUCAAUAAUAUUCAAUCCCAAGAUUUUAUCUCAAAAGUACCUCAAGAUGAAUUUGUAGAAGAAGAUGAUCAUUUCUUUUCAUUCUUCUUGACAGCAGUGAUUAUUGUUGUUCUACUUUAUAUUUUGUAUCACAACAAAAGUAAAUUUACUAAAGUGAUCCUUGGGUUAAUAGUCGAAGGACGGCAGCCAGGACGCCGUCGAAACAGUCGCGGCCAUGCGUACCGUCGUCUUGACACGUUAGAGCAGGCGAUGAAUACCAACACGACAGCGCCGCCUAGUAAAAUUAUUUAUUGAGGGUUUAAGUUGUUAUAAUAAAACUAUUUUCGAUUCGUCUAUGUACUAUUCAUAACUUGACUCGUUUGAAGGUACCAAGUACCAUAGAUGAGACAGAUUGCACUUUUCAUACAUUGCAUAUAAAAAUUUACAUGGUACAAAAUCAUGACAUAUUCGCUAUUUUCAUUUUCAAAGGCUGAGCUGAUAUUUAAUUGAAAAUAAAAUUAGACUAUUUAGAGUCAAAGCGAAAUAUUAAACUUUUAAAGAAAUAACAGAGUUAAAAAAAUGGCGUUAUAUAUUCGAGGCGUUUGUUUUUUAUGUAAUAUGUUCACCGAUUUCUUGGAAACGGCUACAUCAAUUAAAUUUUUUUAUAGAUCAUACUGCAGUCAGUAUAGCCUAUUAAAAAUUAUUUAAAUUGAUGUAGUUCAUAAGCUAUUAGUUUAUAUAUUUUUUAAUUAUUGAAAUAAAAAUUCAAUCAUUUUGAGGGGUCUAAGAAAUAUCAUAAGUGUACAAAACGAGAAUUUUCUUUAAAUAGGUACAUUAAAAUCUUUAUUCCCUAUUUUUAGAGAUAGACUUUUCUUUAAUUUAUGUGGGACCACUCCUGAUUAAUUAAAAAAAGUAAGUAUCGUAUCGUAAGUUUCAGCUGUUUUGGAGAAAUCGGUUUACAUACAUAAAAAAAAAACAGGCGUCGAAUUCUUCUCGUUUUUUUGGCCUUGGAUAAAAUCCUAUUAUUUUUAUUUUUCAUUUUAGUUUCUAUUUAUACUGGCAUUCAUACAGAUACAGAUUUUAAUAUGUUAAGGUACAUUUUCUUUAGAGCCCGAUAUGAUAAAGUUUAAAUAGUUCUUAGAUGUUAUUUAUAGCAAUUCUUCAUCAAAGUAGCACUUAUAAAUUGUCUAUAAAUAGUAGAUGAAAUCGCAGUGUUUAAAUGUUUUGAUUCUACUAGAUUCUAAUUUAAUAGGGUUGUUUAGCGAGCCUUUUGGAAUGUUUCUUAUGUCUGCUAGUUACGUUUUCUGCAAUAAUGAUCACCGAGUCGCCAAUAUCCUUAUCGUUACUUAGCUAUGAAUCGUACAUUAGAAUUGAUCGUUGACUUCGUACGUUUUCUCCUAAAAUAAAUAAUAAAUCUGUGCGAAAUACUUUUUUUAUCUUAGUACCUACAUACUAUUUUGAUGAUGGUGUCAUCAAUAUGUCACAUUCAUUGCAUAUUGAGGGAUGUACUCAGUUAUUAAUUAUGAUCACAAUAUCUAAAAUGACUUGUCUAAAAACGCUAAAAUUUAAAUAUAGCAAUUGUACGAGCAAUACUAACUACAUAGCCGAUGGUGAUAGAAAUGAGACACGAUCUAAUCUAUUUUAUCAUAAUCACCAUUACAGCAUAUAAAAGUCCAUUGCCAGUCCAGACCAUUGAUUCCUUCGUAGUUGGUACAUUUGCCAUAGUUGCCAUGCUUGGUAGGCGGGUUGGCAACCGAGCAGGCGGAUUUUAUGUAUUAUAAAAUAGCUAUUACCUGCUCGUUUCGCUGUGCGUAAAUUAGACAUAAGUGAUAAUUGUUAAAAAUAUUACAUGUCCAUUUCACUUUCUUUCCAUGACAUAAUCUACUAUUAUGCCAAAUUUCAUAAGAAUCAUCAUUGUAACUUCAGGCUCAGAAGGGCUAGAACCCAGAGCCAUAAAGUAGGUUUACAGAAAAAAGCCACUCGAGAGUGAUGGAAGGGUAGACAUCCAAACAAACAUACUUCUAUAAUAAUAACGUUAAGUAAGAUAGCCGUGACAACUGACUGCCUUGUUAAUGGCAAUUUUAUGUGCUUAUCAGUGAUGGAAAGUAGGAAAUCUGCAUGUAAAGAGCCGAGGAAUUGAAAAUAUCUCGAGAAUCGUUGAAAUCCACCAAAAAACACUAAAAGCACAGAAGUUUUUUCCCCUUACUCCAUGAUCUAAAAAUGGGGGAAGACUUGUGCCAACAGGAGUUUGCAUUUUUUUUUACGAAAAAGUAUCAAACGAAUUAUUGUUAUCCAUAUAACUCGCGUUCAUUUGCUGUGUGUCCAUGCCGGUGCUGUACACCCCGCUCCCCCUCAGGCCUCGUAGAACUACAUGAUGUCUUCACGUCGUUGUUGGCAUAUGUUUUCCUGUUAAAUGCUCUAUUUUUUUUUUAAGUUGGAAGCUAGUCAACAUUGUCUUAGAAACUGAUUUGAUUUGGACUCUGCCGGGUAGCCUAUUAAAAUCAGAACUCAAAUAUUUUUAUUUACAAUUUAUUUAAUGCACUUUUUGUGAACAAUUCCGUCACUUGUUUUUUUUAAUUAUCAAUAUUAUCAACGGGAAAUUUAUAAAGAAUUUAAAGAGUGUGUGUAGCUAUUUUUAAUUUGGCUGCAACCAGAUAUAAACUGGUGUCUGUGUGUAGUAAUUAUUUGGUAAUAGCGUAUUUUAAUGAAUCAUAUAACAAAUUAAAGCUAUAUAAUUAAGGAUAACUCGAAAACUACUGGUCAGAUCUUGAUCAAAUUUAUAUGGAACCACACGAGAAGUUCCAGCUUUCAAAUAAAAAUCAUCAAAGAAUUCUCAACAUCGGUUUUCAAUUCGACUGAAUUUGUUACCUCCGAACUUUUUUCUAGGAGAACCGAUUUUGAUGAUUCUUUGAUAGCUGGUGCUUGUCAUGUGGUCCCAUAUAAUAUGUGGUCAUGUGGUUUUUCAAUUAUCAUUAAUAAUGUGUAUUGAAUUGAUUUCGACUAUAUUGAUGAUGUUUUCAUUUUAUUUAUAUUGAAGUCGGUUGAAAAUACGUAAGAGCGAUGCAGAGUUCCAUUAGACAUGGACGCAGCUGUGGUGAAUGAAUGUCUUUGCUUUUUGUGGUACUAACAUUAGUUGAUAUUAGUUAUAUUUAAAUGUUUUGACGGAUCAAAUCGCGCCAUAUUUAUAGAUAUAGUCACACAUUUUUAGCGUGUAAAACAUCGUCCGAACAAUUUAAUUAGUAAUCUACAACAUCAUGCUAUUGUUGAUUCGGCGGCGGUAAUUUGAAUAUACUUGCAAAGACAAAUACAGGCACAUUUUAUAUGUUGUGAUCGUAAUCAUAACUUUAUAUACUUUGAUUUUAAUAUAAGAAUGUUAAAAUUGGUUUUACAUAUUGAAUAUAUGAUCAGAAAACCUCCAUGUAUACAAAGUCUUAAACUUAAAAAAAAGUACAAUAGUAGUUAUAAUGAAUGAAGUUUGUUUAAUUUUUUUUGUAUGGUUUAGGAACUUUAAUACACUAUUAUGACUUUUAUGGUUCGAUAAACGUAACAAUGAAGUAUAAAAGUACAAUAAUAUUUGUAGUUUGAAAAUUCCCUGUAGAAAAAAAAACUGAUGAACGACUUUGGACUAUAAUUUUAAUGAUUGCCUUCAGAAUGGCUUACUUAUUAAGAUCAAGGUGGUUUAUAUUGCUGUAUUAUAAUUUUAAGAUUUUAUUUAUUUUAGAAGUUAUAUAAAUUAUUUUACUCGUCGAAUGAUUUACUUUCUAGAUUUGGAUCUCAGUUAGUAUUUUUCAGAAGUAAACUUUGUAAAACUG